AUGCAAAUUGAACGCGAUGCGGCGCGGAUUUAUUUCCGCGCGAAUGUUUUGUACUACUUAUGGCUAUGGCCGCACUGCAAAAUAAAAUCCGCGCGUUUCGCUCAGUCGUGUACUGGCGCUAUUGGCAGGAUGUCGCGCGCUUCGUCUCCCGCCCGAUCGGGAGCCGCAGAGGAGUUAGAAAACGACGACAUUGAUAUUGAGCAAUUAAUCACGUUGAUGCACAGGAGAUCUCCCCUGUGGGACAAAUUUAAUCCAAAGUACCACGACAGAAUAUUGAAGGCGAGAUUGUGGGAGGAAAUAUAUCAAGACAUAUAUUUUAGUUGGGAACAAUGCAGUGUUGUUGAAAAAGAAAACAAAAAAGGUAAAUAUAAAGAGCUGAUGUGCAAAAAAAAUGGAAAAAUUCUUAAAGAUACAUACUUCAAGGAGGUGGCAGCUGAUAAAAAAGGUAGUUUCGGGUCAAGCCGCAAAGAAAAAAAAAGACCAUACAUACACAUGGGAGCACUUUCAUUUUUAGCCACUCAAAAAUCAAUGAGAGAUACGACAAAUAAUAUUAAAGACAUAGAAAGCACUAACAGUAAUGCCGAAUACCUUACAAAUCAAUCCGACGAAGAAACUGACACAGAAGCUUCACGAAAUAGAAGACUUAAAACGAGCAUGCGUAAAAAAGACUAA